AUGCAAGCUCGAAAACAAGCUGAAAAGAAGGGCAAGCAAAUUGCCUUAAAUAUCCCACCGCUACAUCACACUUUUCCUCGUCCAUCAGAAGUGAUUAUGCCAGAAAUGAAGAAUCCUGUGGAAGAGAUUGAACUGGACCUGUCUCAAUUAUUUGUCGGGGCCACUUGUGAGGAGGAGCCAUUGGAGAAUGCAGAAUUUUUGCCAAUUACCGAAGGAACUAUUCAGAAUUGGACUGCUGAUUAUCUUUCCUCUCGAAGGGAAUUUCGAUGGCCACAAAUAAAAUCCUUUGACCCCUUGGAUGUCACCAUUUUGGAAUUCGAUGGCUGCAAUCUCGAUAUCUCUCAUGAACUUGAAAUCAUGCAAUCUGAAAUUCAAAGCGAGAGCGAUACUGAGGAAGAAUUUGAGUCUAUUUCAAGGGAUUUAAAACAGUAUGAAGAGAAACCCAAACCCAACUUAGAAGAAACAGAAAUCAUCAAUAUUGGCACUAAGACGGAGGUUAAAGAAGUUAAAGUCAGCAUUCAUUUGAAUAGGAAACAAAAGGAGGAAAUGAUCGAAUUCUUAAUGUUUUUUCAAGAUAUGUUUGCAUGGUCAUACGAUGAUAUGCCAGGGAUCUCUACAGGCAUAGUGGUUCACAGGUUGCCAACCGAUCCAAAUUUUUUACCUGUAAAGCAGAAGCCACGUAAAUUCAAACCAGAAAUGAGUCUCAAAAUAAAGGAACAAAUUGUGAAGCAGCUCAAUGCUAAGAUAAUCAUGGUGUCUCAUUAUCCCAUCUGGUUAUCGAAUCCUGUGCCAGUGCCUAAGAAAUCUGGGGAGGUGCGAGUAUGUGUUGAUUACAGAGAUCUGAAUAAGGCCAGUCCGAAAGAUGAUUUUCCUUUACCAAACAUUCAUAUUCUUUUGGACAAUACUGCUGGACACGAAAUUGAAUCUUUUGGUGAUUGUUUUGCUGGAUAUCAUCAAAUUUUGAUGGCAGAAGAAGACAGAGAGAAAACCUCUUUUAUCACCCCAUGGGGAACCUUUUGUUAUAGAGUGAUGCCUUUCGGGUUGAAGAACGCUGGAGCCACCUAUCAGAGGACCAUGACUACCCUGUUCCAUGACAUGAUUCACAAAGAGAUGGAGGUCUAUGUGGAUGAUAUCAUAAUUAAAUCCAAGAAGGUUGAGGACCAUUUGGUUGAUUUAAAGAAGCUGUUUGAAAGAUUGAGGAAGUAUAAUUUGAAGUUGAACCCUGCGAAUGUGCUUUUGGAGCUCCGGCUGUUAACCUCUACCUGUGAGCCUUUAUUCAAAUUGUUGAAAAAGAAUGCGCCAAUGGAUUGGAAUGAAGAUUGUCAGCAGGCUUUUGAUAAGAUCAAGAAUUAUUUGUUAAAUCCUCCGGUCUUAGUGCCAUCUCAGCCAGGGAGACCUCUGAUUAUGUAUUUGUCUGUUCUUGAUGAGGCUGUCGGAUGCGUUCUGGGACAGCAUGAUGAGUCUGGAAGAAAGGAGCAAGCCAUCUACUAUCUGAGCAAGAAAUUUACAGCAUAUGAGGCCAACUAUUCUUUCCUCGAGAGAAGUUGUUGUGCUUUAGCAUGGGCAGCUCAGAAGUUGAGACAUUAUUUGCUCGGUUAUACCACUUACUUGAUUUCCCGUUCUGAUCCUCUAAAAUACCUAUUGGAAAAUUCGAUGCCCACGGGACGUAUGGCUAAGUGGCAAAUGAUCCUUUCCGAGUUCGAUAUUGUCUUAACAACACAAAAGGCAGUCAAGGGUCAAGCCAUAGCAGAUCAUUUGGCAGAAAAUUCAAGAGAUAAUGAUUACCAGCCGUUGCAUACCUACUUUCCUGAUGAAGAAAUUCUGUUCAUUGGAGCAGUUGAGGACAUGAGUGAGCAGUAUCCUGGAUGGAGGUUAUUUUUCGAUGGUGCGUCAAACUCUUUUGGAGCUGGAAUUGGAGCAGUUUUAGUGUCGCCUGAAGGGAAACAUUAUCCUGCUACAGCCAAAUUACGAUUUCCUUGUACCAACAACAUGGCUGAGUAUGAAGCUUGUAUUUUUGGAUUGAAAAUGGCAUUGGACAUGGAGAUCAAGGACCUGAUAGCAUUCAGUGAUUCUGAUUUACUUGUGCACCAGACGCUUAAACAGUGGGUAACUCGGGAUUCAAAAAUUAUGUUGUAUCAUUGUAACUUGCUUAGUUUGGCCAGCAAAUUCAGGAAUUUGGAACUCAGACAUAUUCCCCGCACUCGUAAUGCAUUUGCUGAUACUUUAGCUACUCUGUCUUCGAUGAUCCAACAUCCAGAUGAGCUGGUGAUUGAACCUAUACAGAUCCAACUUCAGAAUAGGCCAGCGCAUUGUCUGGUUACAGAAAGGGUCACGGAUGGUCGCUCCUGGUACAAGGAUAUUAAGGAAUUCAUGAAAACGGGAUCCUACCCUCCUGAUACUGAUUCUGUUGCAAAAUAUUUCUUACGCAGAAUGUCAUCAAGAUUCUUCUUGAAUGGAGAAGUGCUAUACAAGAAAACAUCUGAUUUGGGCCUUCUGAGAUGCAUCAAUGAAGAGGAAGCCGAUUAUAUGAUGAAAGAAGUGCAUAGUGGGGUUUGUGGGCCACACAUGAAUGGGCAUCUACUGGCUAAGAAAAUCAUGAGAACAGGAUAUUUUUGGCUUACCAUGGAGCAUGACUGUGUAGAUUUCGUUAGAAAGUGUGUUAAGUGUCAAAUGCAUGGUGAUGUUAUACGUGCUCCUCCUACAGAAUUGCAUAAGACGCUGAUCACUGAUAAUGCCAAAAACCUCAACAAUGAUAUGGUGGAUGGAUUAUGUGAACAGUUCAAGAUCAGACAUCGAAAUUCUGCUAUUUAUAGGUCUCAAAUGAAUGGAGCCGUUGAAGCUGCAAAUAAAAAUUUGAAAAAGAUUAUCCGUAAGAUAACUGAAGCACACCGGGAUUGGCAUGAGAAGCUGCCUUAUGCACUAAUGGCAUACAGAACUACCAUCAGAACUUCUACUGGUGCAACUCCCUACUCUCUUAUGUAUGGAAUGGAAGCAGUACUACCUGCAGAAGUUGAAAUUCCUUCCUUGCACAUUCUGAUGGAAGCUCAGAUAGAAGAAGUUGAAUGGAUCAGAGAACGUCAAGAGCAGUUGUUUCUGAUUGAUGAAAAGAGGUUGAAUGCCGUGUGUCAUGGACAAUGUUAUCAGCAACGAAUGGCUUGGGCUUACAACAAAAAAGUCAAACCCCGCUUAUUUGAAGUUGGAGAUAAGGUUUUGAAACGGAUUCUUCCAAUGCAAGAUGAGGCUAAAGGGAAGUUUGCUCCCAAUUGGCAAGGACCAUUCAUUAUUAAAAAGGUGCUAUCCGGAGGAGCGCUUAUUCUUAUGGAAAUGGACGGUCAAGUUUUUCCCCAACCAAUCAAUGCAGACAUGUGCAAAAAGUUUUUUAUUUGA